GUAGACGACGCCUUUCUCCCGCCGUUUCGGACCUUCGACUUUUUCGACCUGCACGACUGGGCGCACGGCAUCAUGCCUGUGGCCGACGGAAAGGAUCAGGAGUCCACUUCGGAGGCAAUCAACUUUUGGUAUGGCGCGAAGAUGUACAGUGAAAUGCUGCAAGGGCUACAGAGCAAAACCUCCUCUAGUACAACUCCGUCUGUAAAUAAGCCGGCCGCCUCUUUAGGAAAACGGUUGACCAAGGUGUUCACUACCAUUCUGGCGUUGAACACUCAGAGCUUGAAAACGUUUUUCCAAUUCGAAAACGCUCCGCUGCCUGCGGGCAAGGAUCCGAAAAGCCCGGACUCCGAUCAAUACAAGGGGAAAAGGCAGGACGGGUACGAAAUCCUCCCCCAGGAACUGAAUUUGAACCGCGUGCCCGGGAUCUUUUUCCAAAACCUGGUGAACUACCAGACCUACUUCGGGUUGAAAAAGGAGUUCGUGCACGGCAUCCAGAUGCUUCCGCUCACCCCCGCGCUGCAACUCCUCCGCGGGGCAGGGUUUGUCAAGGACGAGCACGACAACGUGCUGUCGAUUAAGGAUCCGGUGAACUGCAACUACUGGCCGCCUCAACCGUGCACCCAGGAACGCGACGGGGAUGAUUACAACGGGGUUACCAUCUACGCCAAUGCGGAGAAGCGGGGCACCAAGGCGUGGUGGGGCAUUUUGCUGACGGGAAACAAGGCAAUGGUCCCCGCCUACCGGACCGACGCGUGGAACGCCAUUGGCACGUAUGCAUUGCAAAUAUGUCUGGGUCUGGAAGGUUGCAACUUGCAAUGCUAAUUCUGGACCAUGCGAAAAUCUGUGUUGCAUGACUACCAAAAGCUGUCCACUUUCGACCAAGUUGGCAGGAAGUUUCUCAUGCAGGAUAGGCAUGAUAGGGAUCUCACAGAAUCUGUCAUGCUAGGCGCUGCAUUCCAGACGACAUGGAUCAUGGAAAAUCUGCAUGACAAGUCUCGGAAUCUUCCAGACCCAGACAUAUUUGCAUUUGACAGCACGCUGGACCGCACCAAAGAUAUCGACAACGGGCUGACGAAGGUGUGGAUGCAGUACUGGACGCUCUUGAUGCCACAUUCGGGGUAUGCAUGGCAAAGUUUUGUCUGGCUCUGGGCCUGGAAGGAUUUGCGACCUUGCAAUGCUACAUCUAGCUCUGGCUGAUACAUUCACAAAAUUUGUCUCGGUUUUGUCACCCAAUCCCAAAGGAAAAGAGUGGAUCAUAAUAUCCCAUGCAGAAAAGUAGGCGUGGAAGUGCGUUCGCAGAAGCUGUGAUGCUUUCUGCAGAGCUCUUGGACCAUGAUUGAAAAAUAAGAUGAUGUAUGAACACCUUCAGAAACUACAGGCUUUCCUGCCCAGACAUUGUUUGCAGUGGAUAUUUUUGGAAACGCCCCGCCAGCGCCGACUCCCGUGGUCCCUCCAGAGCCAAUUGGACGAACUUCUUGGACGCCGGCUCUCAACUGCCCAGGCAGUGACAGAAGCAAGUUCCUCGAUUGCUUCACCCCUUUCACUGCCUCAGACCCGACGCAUGGCGCGGUGGACUACCAGGCGGGCUGGACCCAAAAAGAUGAACUUAUCCAGCAGCUUGCAGCGGAGCCGGGAGCUGUGUGGCAGCAAAAGCGCUUGGAGAUUUCCUUCGGGGUGGGAAAAGCGGGUAACCGGCCGUCCAUCCGCAUGAACACAGCCCAAGACAAGGCGUUUGGGCCGGGGAGUUUGUUUGUCGUCGAUGUCGAGAAGGUUCCGGUCGGGCCCGGUACCUGGCCGGCGUACUGGACGACGGCGGCGAAUCCAAACCCGCAGUGGCUAUGCAUUGCAAAUAUCGAUCUGGGUCUGGAAAGUUGCCAUGCUAAUGUCCGAAUGAUACGCGGCAAACUGUGUUGCGGAGCUGCGCAUGACAAGUUUCUGAGCGGCUAUGUCUAGCGCUACGCGCAUGACAAAUGGCCUCUGUGCAUGACAAACAAGUGGCGUCGUAGCGCAACGAGCAUCACAGACUUUUCUGCAUUACCGGCCAAGCAUGACAAACUUGUAUUCUACUUCCAGACCCAGACAUUUUUGCAUUUGAUAGUGGCCUCACGGUGGCGAGAUCGACAUGAUGGAACACAUCCAAGGCCCUGACGUCUUUAACAACAUGCUCUCCACCCUGCACACGAUACCAGGCUGCAAGAUGAGCCAGGUUCCGGGCAUCACUAGCGGCGGCGAUUGCGGCAUUGCAGGGAAUGCAGGCUGCGGUGUGGCGCCGGUCUCGGUUCCCAAUGGGAAGCGGCUGAACGACGCGAAAGGCGGCAUUCACGUCAUGGCGUGGACCCCUCGGGGCGACGACGAUAUGGUGUUCUCAAACGUUACAUUCUCAACUGUUACAUGAACUUGUAAUGCAAGAAUGGCAAAAGUGCAAGGGUGAAGAUUGCGCCUUUUGCAUUAGUACAGGUUCGGCACAGAUUUGGAUGCUGUUUAGCCCUUUGGAAAUUUGUCAUGCGAAGCAGCUUGAUGAUAGUGAUACUGAUGAGAGUUUUGCAUGACAAGUUCAUGUUGUAACAGUUGAGAAUGUAACGUUUGAGAACCCCAUAGACGAGGCCAUCAAAAUGUGGUGGAUCAGUCGGGAGAAGGCCGACGAGAUUUUGCAGCAGGGAGGCGAUCACAUCUUCGAUGACCCUAGGUUUUGGGAUCAGUACACGCAGGACGAGUCCACUGCCGGGCCCUACGUCACCUUCCCCAUCGGGCCGAAUUCAACCUGCCCCGCGGAGAAGUAUUUUUCGGCCCAGCAAUUCAUCAUCGACACGACAUUUUGCGGAGAUUGGGCCGGCGCCACUUUCCCCGGUGGGAGUCAAAAGUGUGUUGAAACAGUACAAGACGAAAAAUAUGGAACAGACUGGGGCGUAGGAGACAAACAAGAUCUUAGUCGCAGCUUCGUCUUCCGCUCCAUCAAAAUUUUUACAGCAAGCCCAACGAGAACGACCAACGCGGUGGCCGAGGCACUACUGUCGUCCCCUACAAGAAUGUCGCACGAUGUUGCUGAGCAGACAAAAAGCAGCUUGUACACAGAUAAAGUGCCGCGAGUGCUACGCAAUCUGGGUCUACUUUCAGGGAAGUAGUGAUUAAGAGCAGGAGCGCACGACCUUGCUGCAUGUUUAGUGUACACCCAGGGCGCUAGUACUCCUGUUCCGAAGCCGAAAAGCCCAAGGCCCUCGCUCCAGGAGUAGUGACGGGGCCGAGCCGCGUUGAAUGUUAUGAUUUUGGUGUUUUGAGUGGGUAUUUCCACUGAUAUUAAGGAAUUCGAAUUUCUUUAUUGCGAAGUAUAUGUAUUUCUGAACAAAAAAACGGUGGAUAGCAACAGGCUUGUAUGAUGAAAAAGAAGAAGUGGUGACUCGUGAUAUAUUCGGAUUCGGAAGCCAUAGUACUAUACCAGUUUUUGAACAAGAAAAAAGAUGAUAGAUAGGUAAGGAGAAGGAGCCGAUGCCGAGUAGUACGAACUACAUUGCAUUAAAAAAAAAACUGGAAAAGCAACUAUAUGUUGAUUUCUGCACCGGGACCGGCUGUUGAUGUUGUAUAAUUCCUUUUCCAGUGACUGGGAGCUGGAGCGAUGAUUGCCAAAUGAAAAAUAUGGAAAUAACGGCAAGUUUUUUUCUUGAUCUUGUCAGUAGUAUAGUUAGGUUUUUGAAGAUAAAAAGGAUCAGCGUAGAAUUUUAUCCGGUCUGUUUCGAAGGGGGUGGACAACACGAGCAUGAAAAUAUUUGUAAGAUCAUAUGGAAAAACGAGAACCGCGGCACAGAUGCUAGUUUUAGGGAAGCCGCAACCGCAAAACCAAUAGAAGUGAUUCUUGGUUGACCCGCCACGUUCCGGUUGUCUGAUUUCUGUGAGUACUCCGCAGACAAUCAGAAUGAAUCUCAAACUGCGUACAGAAACUAGAACUUCUACAUACGACAACGACGUCAGAUAUGAUAUAUAAACUGACCGACUGCGAUGUUAGUGACCUAAGGCUAAACAUGGGCAGUCUGUCUCCAUUGC